GUCGCGGCGGCCAUCAGGAGAAUCAUGACGUUUCCCACUGAGCCGCUACGUGAGAAGCUAACAGUUGAUAUUUGUACAGUUUUAACCACAAACUGUGAAGAUGUCUCCACCUCCUCCCGAGAUCCACACAGCGUUAACAUCACGAAUAUAAAAGCUGCCGUGAAGUAACUGAUUCAACUAGUGUGUGUGUGUGUGUGUUUGUGUGUUUGUCUGUGUGUGUAGGAUGAGUGGAGCCCAGCGGUCCUUGUUUUUCCUCGGUCUUCCAGACUUGAAGAAUCUGGUCUGUGUCACUCUGACACUAUUUGACGAGGAGCCGAGGAGCAAACAGAUCAAGACCUGCAGAGAGCUGGUGCUGCUGUACUCUGAUAUCCUGGCCUCUCCUGCUCUUGAGUCCUUCACUGAUAUCACUGUGGUCAUGGCAAUCCCGUUUUUCCAGAAAGGCGUCCUCCAGGCGUUCGGGCAGAGACGUGGUCUGCAGCUGGGCUCUCCUCGGGGUGUGUUUCCAGGUGACCUCCAGUGCUGUCUGUCCUACUCUCUGAUCUCCAGACUGUCCCCCAGCUGGAACAAAGCAGGACUCUACCUCGUCUCAGGAAAGGACUUCCUGAGUGAGAGAGGGACACAGAGCGCUGUCAGCAUGGAGCUGAGCACCACUGAGGGCCAACUGUGCAUCAGCAUCAACACACACACCGUCAGACUGUCCCCAACCACACUGGAGGACUUCAACCUCCCUCCUCUGGUGCUGCGGAGGUUCUGCAGUGAUCCCGACUCCGUCCUCGACCCGUCCUCCACCGGGGGAACCGUUUGGUGUCAUGUCCUGCCCAGCAUGAAGAAAGGUCAGAUUAUCACCAUCAGCCGUCAGCUGCCCAGAGACGGACCCUUCAGGACCUACACAGACCUGCAGAACCACUGGAACAGCCUGUACGGCUACAGACUCCCUGAGCUCCCAGAGGCAGAGCUGGUUUACUGCAGUGUUUACUUCAGGCUGCUGGGAGAGACACUCUUCACUUACCCUCUGAGCUGCAUCCGCCUGCAGCCGGCACAGUGCUGCCCCCGGGGCGACCUGCAGGGGGCGCUGGACUCCUUCCUGUCUGACGUUAGGGACCGAGUGCAGAGUGUGUGUGGCUUCCCUGCACGCCUGACCAGGAAACCCUGUUACCACACGACCAGUCUGAACAGUGCUGCAUCUGCACAGGUGCAGAGUCGUGAACAGGUCAACCUGACCACUUCCUCCUCCGUCAGGCCCGUCCUCACCCAGCUCCCUGCUCCACCUCUCAGACCAGUGAGACCCUCCUUCAGCUCGCAGCCACCAGCCUGGCCCCCCCGCUCCCAGCAGGACAGAGCUCUGGGGCUUCUGGGUAAUGGAGGUGGAGUCGGGAGCAGUUUGACUCAAAGUCAAGAGAGUAGAGGAGAUGGAGACUGGCUGUCAUCUCUGUUUUCCCUUUCUGAUGUAGCUCCUCCCCUCUCCUCCACCUCCUCUUCCUCUUCUAUCCAACUCUUUCAGCCAGCUCCCUUCCUCUCCUCCUUCUCCUCUUCCUCCUCUAGCCAACUUUUUCAGCCAGCUGCCUUCCUCUCCUCCACCUCCUCUUCCUCCUCUAUCCAACUCUUUCAGCCAGCUCCUCCCCUCUCCUCCACCACCUCUUCCUCUUCUCUUCCACUCUUUCAGCCAGCUUCAUCCCUCUCCUCAUCCUCCUCUUCCUCCUCUAGCCAACUUUUUCAGCCAGCUGCCUUCCUCUCCUCCACCUCCUCUUCCUCCUCUAUCCAACUCUUUCAGCCAGCUCCUCCCCUCUCCUCCACCACCUCUUCCUCUUCUCUUCCACUCUUUCAGCCAGCUUCAUUCCUCACCCCUUCCUCCCUCUCUUCUUCUUCUUCUCAUCUACUCUUUCAGCCAGCUUCAUCCCUCUCCUCUUCCUCCUCUUGUUCCACCUUCUCCUCAGUUCUCCCCCCUCUUCCUCCCUCGAUAAGCCCUGCUCCUAAACUGGUUCCCAUCUUCAAGAACAAGAACCCAUCGCGUCACAUCAAUGUUGCCCUGCUGGGGGCCCAGAAGCAGAGGGAGCAGCUGGGCGGAGGAGGGGAGGAGAGGAGGAGGCUGACGCUACCGGCCUUCAGGAGGAACACACCUGCCUCUGCUCCACCUCCUUCUUUUCCAUCCCUUCCAAUUCCUCCUCAGCCAAUCACUCCUCGCUUCAUCUGGCGCCCCGAACCGACCAGCAGCACCGCUCCUCCGUCCUCAGCUACGCCCAGAAUCAGGCACUUGUCCAGCCUCAGUCCUGGUCCGAGGUCCAGACCCGGGCUGGUCCUCGCUCCAAACAUAGAGACGAAGCUCAAACCCAAGUCCAGCUCGGGAACCCACCUGAAGGCCGGAGCUGAGAACACCCCCGCUGCUCAGAACAGCCGUCAACAGCAAGAGGAAGCAGCUCAACACCCAGUGGCUGUGGAGGCUCCUCCCCCUCUGACCACCUCUGACAAGGACCCAGACAAGAAGAGCCGAGACAAGAAGAGCCGAGCGAGAGUUCGGUUUGAAUCGAAGCCAAAGAAAUCCAGAGCCGCGGUUCAAGACGUGGAUGUGGAGACACUGGCCCGAAGCAACCAGUUGUCCAAAGUGAACUCUGCCACGCUGAUGUUCUGGUUGAAGGGACGAGGACUGAGCGUCAGCACCCGACUCAGGAAGGAGGAGCUGAUGCUGAGGGUCAUGAGCUGCCUGGCUGAGGCCUGAGACACACACACACAGACACACACACACACAGACACACACACACACACACACACACACACACACACAAGUUGAAGAGUUGGAUGUAUCGUGUUGGACAGAUCACAUGAUCUUGUCCUCGCUGAUUGAGACGUUUUUUCAACGUUAAAUUCUCUCGUCAGCUUCUUCAUGUUUUCACAUCUUUAACCGUCUGUUGAUUAUUCUAUGAAACUUUAAUCUGUUCUUUUUUUUUCAGGCCAUAUCAUUUGUUUUCUUUUAUCAAAUGAGUUUUCCACUUCUCAGUAGUUCAACUUUUCAGAUGUUGUUUUAAAAACCUGUUGUGAAUCUGUUUUUUAUGACUGUGGAGUUUAUUCAGAAGUUGUUUGUUUGCUAUUGUUUUAUUAAUGUUUAUAAUUAUUUAUUGAAACUGUUAAAAUUAAUAUAAAAAAUCACAAAAAGUUUGAUCUGAGGACAGUUUGUCCUUCAUCCCUU